CUGCGCGAGCGCGCAGUACUCCAGCGACCUGUGCAGCUGGAAGGGGAGCGGGCUGACCCAUGAGGCGCACAGGAAGGAGGUGGAGCAGGUGUACCUGCGCUGCUCGGCCGGCUCCGUGGAGUGGAUGUACCCGACGGGUGCGCUCAUUGUGAACCUGCGGCCUAACACCUUCUCGCCCUCCCGACACCUGACCGUGUGCAUCAAGCCCUUCAGGGACUCCUCGGGGUCUAAUAUUUAUCUGGAAAAAACUGGAGAACUGAGACUGCUGGUGCGGGAUGGAGACAGUGAGCCUGGUCAGGUGCAGUGCUUCAGCCUGGAGCAGGGCGGCCUCUUUGUAGAGGCGACGCCCCAGCAGGACAUCAGCAGGAGGGCCACUGGCUUCCAGUAUGAGCUGAUGAAUGGGCACCGAGUGCUGGACUUGCAUGUGCUGACUGCCCCUUGCCGCCCUUGCAGCGAUACUGAGGUCCUCCUUGCCGUCUGUACCAGUGACUUCGUUGUCCGAGGCUCCAUCCAGGACGUCAUCCACGCACCAGAACGCCGGGAGUCUGUCAUCCACCUGCGGGUGAGCAGGCUCUAUCGGCAGAAAAGCCGGGUCUUCCAGCCAGCUCCUGAGGGCAGUGGGCACUGGCAGGGCCACGUCACAACACUACUGGAGUGUGGCGUGCGGCCAGGGCAUGGGGACUUCCUCUUCACUGGCCAUAUGCACUUUGGGGAGGCGCAGCUUGGCUGUGCCCCUCGCUUCAGUGACUUCCAAAAGAUGUACAGGGAUGCGGAGGAGAGGGGGCUGAACCCCUGUGAGAUUGGCAUGGAGUGACCAUGGGGCCUGGAUGCUGCCCACCUUCUCCUGAUGAGCUCCUGCUGGCCACUGGGGGGCUGUGGGCCAGGUAGUGUUCUGACCCAGUGCUCUGGCUGUGGAGGUACAUGCUGCUCUGACCCCACAAGAUCCCAGCCACGGACAUCCUGACUGAUUGAUUGGAAAUGCUGUAAAAUGCAAACUAAGUUAUUAUUUUUUUGUAAAAAAGAAUAUCCAUAGGAAAUAUUCCUGUGUCUGAA